GUUUCGCAAGCAAGCACAAAGGGAUGGUGUCGACACGCUCACGCUCACAGCCGCGGUCGGAGAACAAGGCUGACGAGUCGCCGCGCUCGCGGGGCUCUUCGCCGCGCUCACGGGGCUCUUCGCCGCGCACCUCGUCGCGCGCCAAAACGGCGGCCAAGUCGUCGGCCAAGGGCAAGAAGACGUCGGCGACCAAGAGCAAGAAGGCAUCGGCCAAGACCAAGUCGUCGGCCAAGACCAAGUCGUCGGCCAAGACCAAGUCGUCGGCCAAGACCAAGUCGUCGGCCAAGACCAAGUCGUCGGCCAAGACCAAGACGCCGGUCAAGGCGCUGGCGCAAUCGGCGGCGGCGCAAUCGGCGGCGCCGGGCGAUGCACCGGCUUUUUGGCUCUUCUUUGUCAUGAUCCUGGAGAACUGGAUCCUCGAGAACUGGAUCCUCGACUUUGGCCGGCCGGUCGGCAACUUUUACUUCCGUUUUCUCGGCUCGAACAGCCCGGGCGUGGGCGACUACUUCCACAUGGCGUACAACGUGCUCACGCCGUUUCUGCUCCUGCUGCUGAUGGACAAGGCGCGCAACUCGCGCGUCCCAUCGUGGGUCAAGUACCUCAUUGUCAUCAUCUUUACUCUCGGCGCCUCCAUGCACCUUGUCGGCGACUCGAUCCAGUCCAAGCUUGUGCAGAACUGCUCGUACGAUCUCUCGGUGAGCGUGCGCGAGAACAAGGUCAUGCGCGAACUCGGAAACGACGCCAUCGUCGACAUCUUUGAGCUCCUCUACUCGUACGACGAGCACAUCGGCCACGACCUGUGGUACCUCGCCUACUUUGGCGCCUUCCUCGGCCAGGUCUGGCCGCUCUUCAUCGUCACCUACUCCAUCAUGCUCGUCAUCAUGUGGCGCCUCGCCGCCCGCGGCGACGGCCUCGAUGUCAACGGCCGUUUCCUCUUCUACAACUUUACCGUCACCGCCAUCCUCUUUGUCGCUUGGCUAGUCUACACCGACACCUCGUUCUCGUCUGUCUGGAACAUCGCUCUUGACGAGGUCCCCGAGUACUGGGAGACCUUCCCCAACCAGUACGCCCUCCUUGUUGGCGCGUAA